AUGGCGUUGGCCCUGCCGGACGCCUCCAGGAAUCACUAUGCCUACUACGGGUUUCCCGUUGCCGGGGUUAGUUCUAUCUUUCUUUGUGUUCUUGUACUGGCCAAUGAGAUACCUGUGACGGUGCUGCCGGAGAUGGGAGUUCGUUCUGUGAUCGGAAGCGGAGGGGAUGGGUUUGGCGGCGAUGAUUUGGAGGAACUGGGGAUGCUGCUUCGGGAGCAGAGGAGGCAAGAGGCGAUCGAUCGAGAGAGGGAGCUGAAUAUCUUUCGGAGCGGCUCCGCCCCUCCCACCGUGGAGGGGUCCCUGAGUGCCGUCGGAGGGCUCUUUGGCCUGGAGGUUGGCGCCGGUGUGCCGAAUAUGUCGGAGCCGAAGAAUGGAGAUAGUUUCUUAUCCGAGGAGGAGCUCCGUUCUAAUCCGACUUACCUCUCUUACUACUAUACUCAUGUGAAUCUGAAUCCCCGGCUCCCGCCGCCGGUGCUGUCCAAAGAGGACUGGAGGUCGACACAUAGGCUUCAGGCGGGGAGAUCGGUUCUCGAUGGGAUUGGAGAUAGAAGGAAAUCGAACCGUUGGGGUGAACAGGUCGAUAUGUCUCUUUUCUCCCAGCAGCCACUGUUUAAUUCACAGGAGCAUGCUGUGGAGUCCAGGAAGGCCCCUUGCUCGGGGAAUUGGCGGGAUAAUGGUGGAGAUGGGUUGAUCGGGCUUUCACUCAGCCGGCAGAAGAGCUUUGCUGACGUCCUUCAGGAUGACUUUGGGAGCAGAACUCCCAUAUCAAACCAUCCAUCACGCCCGCAAAGUCGUAAUGCAUAUGCAAAUAGUCUUGAAGCAUUAAGUUCUGCUGAUUCCCAGUUUUCUUUAAACAAUCAAGUCUUAGCUUUAGGCAGGCAGCAAACUGGUGAAUACGUCCAGUGCAUCAAUGGACUUCCACAUGGUUUUGCAGCUGUUGAAGGUCCAUCCCUUGAGAAAAGCACCACUCCUGACCCUCAGCUGGUUGCAAGGGCCCCUAGUCCUUGUUCGUCACCUUUUGGUCUGAGCGUUGGUGCCGAUGGCCACAAAGACAAAGUCAAUCUAUCGGCUACAGUUGAAUCUGAUGACCUUAUAGCUGCAUUAUCACAUUUUAGCUUGUCAACUGAUGGUGCAGUAACUGCUGCAAAUGUAUCUCAAUCGGAGCUUCAAAGUGAGUUGGAUGAUCACCGGAAAUUUUUUUUUGAUUCUCUAGCCAAUCAAGAAACACGCUCUAUCAUGAAGAACUCCGAUCCACAUUCUUUUAGAGUUUCCUCUCCUCCACAUUCGUUGAAGUCUUCGUACACUGAUUCCACUGCUGGAUGUAAGAUGGAGGCAAGAAAUUCAAGCUUGAGAGUCAAUGAUCCAAGCGAACCACACAGAUCCACUAUGUCGUCUGCCAAUUCAUAUGUGAAAGCACCUUUACCUCUGGUUGCUAGUCCUGGUGGUUCAUCUGGUUACUAUCAGAACCUUGAGAGUGUAGACACAGCUUUUUCUGGAAGUGGAUUGAGUGCUUAUGCUGUUAAUCCUUCAUUUCCUUCAAUCCUGCAGAAUCAGAUUGGCACAGGAACCAUGAAUCCUUUAUUAGGAAGCGCUGCCUCUGCUUCAGCAAUUGCAUCUCUUGCUAUGGACACCGGGGCUUUUGGAUGUGGUAUUUUUGCACCGCCAAGUUUAGCUGGCCUAACGGACUUGCAAAAUAUCAGUCAAAUUGGUAAUCAAUCAGCAGUAGCAGCUGUCCGAGCACAACUUAAUGACCCUCUUUAUGUUCAGCAUAUUAGGGCUGCUGAAUAUACUGCACAAGUUGCUGCUACCUAUGGUGAUUCUUCCAUGGAGAGGGGUUACACAGGCAACUCUUGUGCAGAUUUACCUGGUAUCCAGAAAGCUCACAUUGAAUCAUUACUUCAAUCGCAGAAACAGUAUGGCAUCCCUCUUCUUGGGAAAUCUGGGUCUCUGAAUCAGGGUUACUAUGCCAAUCCUGCUUUUGCCCUGGGUUUAGCAUAUCCAGGAAGCCCUUUAGCAGGACAAAUUGAUUCCCCAGUUGGACCUGGCAGCCCUCUCAGGCUUGGUGAGCGCUCCAUGCAGUUUCCUUACGGGUUGAGAAAUCUGAAUGGAGGUAUCAUGGGAGCUUGGCAUUUUGAUCCCACUCGUAACAUGGAUGAACAUUUUCCUUCCUCACUUUUAGAGGAGUUCAAGAACAAUAAGACCAGAUGCUUUGAACUUGCUGAGAUUGCUGGCCACGUGGUUGAGUUUAGCGGUGACCAGUAUGGAAGUCGUUUUAUACAGCAGAAACUUGAAACAGCUACACGCGAAGAGAAAAACAUGGUUUUUGAAGAAAUCAUGCCCGGUGCUCUGUCUUUGAUGACUGAUGUUUUUGGCAAUUAUGUCGUACAGAAGUUUCUUGAGCAUGGAUCUGCAGCUCAGAGAAGAGAACUGGCUGACCAGCUUAAUGGACAUGUUUUGGCUCUCAGCCUUCAAAUGUAUGGUUGUCGGGUAAUUCAAAAGGCCAUAGAAGUCGCUGAUUUGGACCAGAAGAAAAAAAUGGUUUUGGAGCUUGAUGGACACAUCAUGCGUUGUGUACGUGACCAGAAUGGAAACCAUGUUAUUCAGAAAUGUAUAGAGUGUGUUCCCCAGGAUGCAAUUCAGUUCAUCAUAUCAACCUUCUAUGAUCAAGUUGUGACAUUAUCUACUCAUCCAUAUGGCUGUCGUGUCAUACAGAGAGUCCUGGAGUAUUGUGAUGACAAUAAGACUCAGCAGAUUGUGAUGGGAGAGAUCUUGCAAUCAGUUUGCUUGUUGGCCCAAAACCAGUACGGAAAUUAUGUUGUCCAGCAUGUUUUGGAGCAUGGGAAACCUAGCGAGAAGUCUUGCAUCAUUAAGAAGUUAGCUGGACAGAUAGUUCAGAUGAGUCUGCAGAAGUUUGCCUCAAAUGUUGUCGAAAAGUGUUUGACUUUUGGUAGUCUUGAGGAACGACAGAUUCUGGUGAAUGAGAUGCUUGGUUCAACUGAUGAGAAUGAGCCCCUCCAGGCCAUGAUGAAAGAUCAGUUUGCUAACUACGUUGUACAGAAAGUACUGGAGACUUGUGAUGAUCAGCAACGUGAGUUGAUUCUCUCACGGAUAAAGGUCCACUUGAACGCUCUGAAGAAAUAUACUUACGGAAAGCAUAUAGUUGCACGUGUAGAAAAACUUGUUGCCGCAGGGGAAAGGAGGCUUGGAUUGCAGAGCCAGCAGCAUGCCUCAUCCAUGGCACGAGGAUGACAUUGUACUGCUGCCGAGGCUAGUGUGAGCUCCCAGCUUUAGGUAAGGCUGCUGAUAUAGGAGGCUGAAAAGUGUUGUUUGUGCUGGAAGUUGUACAUUCUUUAGGCGAACAGUGGUUUUAUCGGAAUGCUGUUUGCUGUAUCUGAUGCGCCUCCCUUCCCCCCCCCCCCCCCCCUUUCUUCCCUUGCAGAGGAGAUAUAAUUAAUAGUUGGUCUUUAUGGCUGCUGUAAAGGGAGAAUCGAUAGUAUGACUGUACAAAUGUCGACUGUUUAGGCCUUCGGGGAAGGGAAGCUUGUUUUCUAUUUCCUGUUUCAUUUGAACAUGAGUAAUUUUUUUUUUUUGUUUA